AUGCGCAACAGGCGUCAAUCUCCUCAGCGAGAGCAGGAAAUUGGGAAUGAUGAUAUUAACGGCAAAGAAGAGAGAGAAUUGGCUGCAUUGUCGCCCCACGACUCGUUGCCAAAAUGGGGAAAUGGGCAGUAUAAACCGUGCAGAGCCUAUUCAGUCCGGGAGGGCAAUAAUUCAUCCACUGCAAUCCGCAGGGAAAUCUCCGCUCCCACGGGGGCAGUUCCCGCAGCUGGAGAAAGGGGAGACGGAAUGAAAACUCCGUACGCACCAACAGUGUACACGAGAACCGUGAUUAACGGAUUAUUUGAAAAGGGUGCUGAAGCUGCCGCACCGGACAAAGCCGUUCAUCUCCCGCAGGUGAGAAGCCCCCAUCGGGACCGCGAGCUGCCAUUGUUAGUCUACCGGCAGAGUGUCCCUAGCACGUCCGUGCGUAAAUUUGUUGCCCCUUCCAUGUUUCCACAUCUCCCUGAUGACAAUAUGCGUGACGCAAGUGUGAAAAAAAGUUAUGAAAACGAAGGAGGAGUGGGCUUUGCGUCGUCCAUGAGGCAAAGAAACUGCCUUAAUGAUGCGGACGUGCUCCCGCAGGGAGCAUUGAAGAACAGCCAAACACGUCAAGAGGUGCGGAUGCCGCACAGUUCAGGGAUCAAUGAGUCGAGGGUGAGUCAAACGUACCCGCAUACGUCAAACGGUGCGACAGAAUUUAGCAACGGACCCUCUUCCGCCAAUAGGAACAGUCAGGACAAUGCCAACAAGGAGAAAUUGGCAUCAUCCAAUCAUAUUAGCGGAAAAGACGCUGAGGAAAUGUGUAGCACGGACAAAGGCAACAGUAUUCAAAGUGCGGCGUUGAUGCCCUUCAAUCGGGCUGGCGAGAGGAAGAAUGAUGGGACGCUAGGUAUUUCGUCCAGAAAAGGCCGAAUAGUAGGUUCUGACACGGUGUCCCGUGGUUUUACAUACACGCCAUCUGCUCAAGCUUUAUCGUCGUACGAUGAGGCGAAUGGUGAAGCGCCGUUUAUGCCUCCCAACGCUAUACGCAUUUCCACAACAACAGCAACAAAAACUGUGCGGAAAGUGAAGUACUUGCCAGUUGACGAGGAAUAUAUUGACAGCGAUGAGGAAGAGGAGCCACCUAUUGAUGCUGUUCCACCUGAGUUUCCUUUCACGGAUGACAAUAACAGAAACAGUAUACCCAGCCACGUGCCUUCUUUUCCGCAAUCACGCAGGGGUUUUUCUCAAGAAGGAAGGCUACCGUUGACCUCGGGCAAAGAAAAUGGAAAUUUGUCACGAAAUCUGUCAAAGUCUAAUUCUUUACGGACCAUCAGCGGUAUAUCGCCAAUGAGUAUUCUGGGGUCGUACAAGUGGGUUUGUCGUCGUCCUGUAACUCGAGAGUCUUUUUCUUUUCCCGAAGCAUACCCCGCACCGGCCCCCGUGUUGGUUUCACCAGGGGAGUCAGGAGGUGCGGGUGAACCUUGUUUUCUUCUUCAGCGACACCAACAGCGUCUGGUGAUUGGGGCUCGGGUGGAUGAUUUGAAGUGCCGCCAAGGCAACUGGUCAGGCUUCAAUGGGGGCAAUUCGUGCCCAAGUAGUGUGAGAGGGACUGAUGAGGCGCGGGGAAAGAAAGACGUUGCGCCUACGAAACCGAAUACAACUGUGGCUGGUGGUCACGCUCGACCUUUUCGGAGUUUGUCGUCCUUGUCUGACUCUUUGGAUGACGGCAUGAAGAGUUCAGAGCGUUUAACAUCCAUGCGCAGCAGUGCUGCUUGCAGCACAGUGACGCAGGCUAUUUCAAUGGAUGGUGAGAUGGGUAGUGCGUUGGAUGUCGUUGUAGUGAAGAAAUCGGAAAAUUCAAGUGAACAAGGCGUUGUCACUGGCAUGAAUGAAUGGGAGGAAGAAGAUGAGGAGGAUGUCCCGUAUAACAUGUUUCCAGCAUCACCCACUUUGACGAUUCCUGCUUUGAAGGCGAGUAAUCGAAAACUUAACCUCCAACUUGGGCAACAAGAACACAGAAGCUUGAGUGCAAGUAACGAUAGCAGAAGGUGGCCGGCGUAA